AUGUUUAUUUCUUUAAGGAAAAUAUUUCGUAAAGUAUUUUUGAAAAAACGCAAAAAAACAAGAGGACGUUAUAUUAGAAAUAGUAGCAGUGGGAAUAAUCUUAAAAGACAAAUGUCAAGUAGUAGCAGAAACACAAAAACCACUAGUAGUGGAGCAGGUGGAAGUAUGAUACCAGCCUCACAACAAUUCCAUAUAACAGAUAAAAGGUAUGAAGUAAUUAAACAAGUACUUUACGAAACCGAGAAACCAGACUUGUCAUCAUUAACACAAGAAGAUUUGGAAAGACAUGAAAUGAUAGAACGAGCAUGA